GAUUCUAUUUGAAGACUCAACUUGUGGUCAUAGUUAACUCAUCUUCCUCCUACAAAAUAUCCUAUAUAGAUCUCUCUCCCAUCCUCUCUUAAAUGUUACAUCUUUUGUGUUCAAUGUUCUAAAAAAAUCAAACUCUCAAAAUCAAUCACACACCAUUUUCCACUUAUCCAUAACCUUCUAACACUUUCUCCAAAUCAAACUCAAAUUUCUUCUAAAUUCUGAAAUUUUCAUCUAAUUUUAGUCAUUGAGCUAUUAUAAGUCCAAAAAGAACAUAACUCAAGUUUUUGUCCUCUUGUUAUUUUCUCAUCACUUUUGUUUUUUUUUCGCCACAUCUUCAAAACCCAACAUAAAUAGCAACCCAUUUCCCCCAAAAGUUCAAUUUGGAUCUUACUACACACAACAAAUCUCCAAUCCCUCCAAAGCUUUGAACUUUAUUGAAAAAUCAUCAAAAAUUUCAAAACCCUAAUCUCAUAUUUCACAUCAAGCUCUUACCUUUUAGUCACAAAAAGAUGCAAGACCCAACAACAUUUCAUCCCAUGAAACCAAAUUUUCCUGAACAAGAACAACUCAAAUGUCCACGUUGUGAAUCAAGCAACACAAAAUUCUGUUACUACAACAACUACAAUCUCUCACAGCCACGCCAUUUUUGCAAGAACUGUAAAAGGUAUUGGACAAAAGGUGGUUCUUUGAGGAACAUUCCUGUGGGUGGUGGAACAAGAAAAGUCACAAAACGUUCAUCAAAUCCCAAACGUUCAACAACUUCAUCUUCAUCUUCUCCACCACCGUCAAUCACUUCUUCAGCUCAAGCUUCUUCAGCUCAAACUUCUUCAGUUCCGGAGUCUGACCCGACCCGGAUUCGUGUUGACCCGGUUGAGCCAAGUUUUGGUGGAGGGAGUUUUAGUUCACUUCUUGCAUCAACUGAGCGGUUCGGGAGCCUUUUUGAGGGUCUGAAUUCAAAUGGGUCGGGUUUAAAAAUGGCGGAAAUGGGCGAUUUUGGGGAGAAUUUGAACAGUGACCCGGUUGUGGAUUCGGGUCAUAUUCAUACUCUUAACCCGAAUGUUAGAAACGGUGAAUCAGAGAUCUUUCUUGGUUUGCAAAAUGGUGAUUCAAGUUGCUGGAAUGGGAACCAUGGUUGGUCUGAUCUUGCAAUAUACACACCUAGUUCAACUUAUCAGUAGAAGUGAUUUGAAAAAAAAAGUUAAAAGUUAAGCCUUUUUUUGGCUUAAUUUAGUUUCUUAAUUAAGCAUCAUUUUGCUCCAAUAUUUAUUUACAGUCAUAUACUAUGGUUUUGUAAAGAGUUAUAUUAUUUGUAUAAGUUUAUGGAUUUGUAUGCCAUGGAGGAUCAUACAUCACAGGGUCACUAAAUCAGUAACCUCUAGGUAGGUGAAUGUUGUUUUUCUUCUCUUCUUUCUUUUAUAUAUUUAUAUAGUGAAUGGUUUUUCUUGUUUACCAUGAUGGUAAUUGGAAGUUAACAAAAUACAGUUUUGUGUGGAGGAAUGUGUAAUGUGAUUCUUUGGUGAUUAGGAUGAUAAUGUAUUUUGGUUUGUUUUACCUAGCUUUUGAAGGAUCUGUGGUCCAUGAAUAUUUGAGGUUUGCAUGAGAAUUCAUUGAUCAUUAGACCUAGAUAUUUGGAAUGUAAGGGACUAUAUGGGAAAUUUUAAAGUACAAUAGUGACUUAAUGUUAA